AUGGUUCGAGAAUCCAAGUACUAUGAUAUUCUUGGCGUUAGCCCUGACGCUUCCGAGAGCGAGUUGAAGAAAGCUUACAGAAAGCUUGCACUCAAGUACCAUCCUGACAAGAACCCUGAAGCUGGCGACAAGUUCAAGGAAAUCUCUCAUGCAUAUGAGAUUCUCUCUGAUUCUGAAAAGCGACAGAUGUACGAUCAGUUUGGCGAGGAAGGCUUGAACGGCCAAGGUGGUAUGGGCGGUAUGGAUGCUGAGGAUCUAUUUUCGCAACUCUUUGGUGGAGGUCUCUUUGGUGGUGGAGGUCGAUCCAGCCGUCCUUCAGGUCCUCGUCGUGGUAAAGACAUGAUGCAUCAUCUCAAGGUGUCCUUGGAGGAUUUAUAUGCUGGCAAGACAUCCAAGCUCGCUUUGCAAAAGAGUGUUCUUUGUUCUCGUUGUGAGGGCCGUGGUGGCAAGGAAGGUGCUGUUCAAACCUGUCGUACUUGUGGUGGUCAAGGUGUUCGUAUCAUUAUGAGACAAAUGGGUCCUAUGGUUCAACAAAUCCAACAACCUUGUGGUGAUUGCCGUGGUGAAGGUGAAAUCGUCAAUGAGAAGGAUCGUUGCAAGCACUGCAUGGGCAAGAAGGUUAUGAGUGAACGCAAGAUUCUUGAAGUGUUCAUCGACAAGGGUAUGCGAGAUGGUCAACGUAUCACAUUCUCUGGUGAAGGUGAUCAGGCACCAGGCAUCAUUCCAGGUGAUAUCAUCAUUGCUAUCGACGAAAAGCCCCAUCCUCGCUUCCAACGUAAGGGUGACGAUUUGGUCUAUGAAGCAAAGAUCGACUUGUUGACUGCUCUCGCUGGUGGUCAAUUUGCUAUUCCCCACCUUGAUGAUCGUGUACUUCUUGUCACUGUCCUUCCUGGUGAAGCCAUCAAGCCUGACAUGGUCAAGGUUAUUCCCAACGAGGGCAUGCCCACUUAUCGCCACCAUGACCACGGUCACAUGUUUGUCAAAUUCAACGUCGAAUUCCCUGAUCCCAAUUGGGCCGAUGCCGAAACUAUCAGCAAGCUCGAUGCCAUCUUGCCUGCUCGCAACCCUCUUCCUUCCUUUGAUAACAAGCAUGUCGAUGAAGUUGUCAUGGCUGAUGCAGAUGGCUACCAAACCUCGAGAUCACAAGCAUACGACGAUGAAGAUGAUGAUCCUAGAGGCGGCCCUGGUGUUCAGUGUGCUCAACAGUAA